AUGUUUGAGUAACAAAAAUCUGCAAUUCCCAUGUUCUUGGCGCGGCUCCUCUAUUUAUGUUAUUUAUGUUGAUGGAGUUCACUCAGUGUGUUUGGUUUGGUGGCCGAUGGAGGUUGUUUGUCACGAGUUGAAUCGGUGGUUCUUCGUACGGUUAGCACAUUAUUUCCUAUUGAACGAUAUUUGAAGAUUUUGAAUUGGAUAUAUUUUUUUGGUAUUGUGCGGAGUGAGUGUGUGCGUGUGCGGACAAAGAAUCGUGUGUACCAUACAAGAACAACAACACGAAACGAUAUCCGCGCAAAAAGACAAGACCUAUAGUUUUUUGUAUAAAAAUAAAAAAGAGACCCCGACUGGAGUGGGGCCAUAAGCAAGUAAAGAAAUUACGAAACUUGGAUAUUGCAUAAAUAAUUAGAAACGCGCGGCGGCGUUGUAACCGAAAUUCUAUAACCUCCGUAUAUUUACCUUAUUUUUGCAAAAAAUAUAUAAAAAACUUUGUGAAGGCACACCACUUUCUGUUGGCUGGUAACAACAUACUUGAAACGACAACAACAAGAACCGCAACGUAAAACAAGAAAACACAUGGAAGGCAUAAAUACAACAACAAACACCUGUAGAAUGAAUGUCGAUAACAGUAGUAGUGUUGGUGUUGUUAAUUGCUGCGGACUGGAGCAAGACCAGACAUGUACAACAUCAUCAUCAUCAUUAUCGUCGUGUAGUAGUCGAUCAUCAUCGUCGUCUGGCAGCGCCAAACAACUUCAGACUAUCGAAGGUAAAGAGUUGACCGGUCUCACACACGAGUGUGGGGUUUUUGGUGCGAUUGGCUGCGGCGAUUGGCCCACACAGAUUGAUAUCGCACACGUGAUAUGCCUUGGUUUGGUUGCAUUGCAACAUCGUGGCCAGGAAUCAGCUGGCAUUGUGACCAGCGAGGGCAAAUGUUCCAAACAGUUCAACAUGCACAAGGGCAUGGGUAUGAUCAGUCAGUUAUUCAAUGAUGAGUCAAUGAAGAAAUUGAAGGGAAAUUUGGGCAUUGGUCAUACCCGUUAUUCCACCUCUGGGGCCUCAGAGGUGGUCAAUUGCCAGCCUUUUGUGGUACACACUGCCCAUGGAGCCAUGGCCUUGGCCCACAAUGGAGAAUUGGUCAAUAGCGAGUCAUUGCGCCGUGAAGUUUUGGGUCGUGGUGUUGGUCUAUCCACCCACAGUGACAGUGAAUUGAUUGCCCAAAGUCUGUGCUGUUGCCCGGAGGGUGUAUCAGAGAGCGAUGGACCCGAUUGGCCUGCACGCAUACGACACUUUAUGCAAUUGGCCCAUUUGUCCUAUUCCCUGGUGAUUAUGGUUAAGGACAAAAUCUAUGCUGUGCGAGAUGUCUACGGCAAUCGUCCGUUGUGUUUGGGCAAAAUCAUACCCAUGAAUGCUGGUGGGGAAAAAAUCGAAGAUCUGCCCGCCGAAGGUUGGGUGGUAUCCAGUGAAUCUUGUGGCUUCCUGUCAAUUGGAGCCCGCUAUGUGCGUGAAGUACAGCCAGGAGAAAUUAUUGAGAUGACACGCAAUGGCUGUCGCACUGUGGAUAUUGUGGAGAGGCCGGACUACAAGAAAAUGGCAUUUUGUAUAUUCGAAUAUGUGUACUUCGCCCGUGGCGAUUCCAUCUUUGAAGGACAAAUGGUGUACUCGGUGCGUAUGCAAUGUGGACGGCAAUUGGCGAGAGAGGCGCCCAUUAAGGCUGAUAUUGUUAGUUCGGUGCCGGAGUCAGGCACCGCUGCGGCCCAUGGUUAUGCCAAGGAGUCGGGCCUGGAAUUUGCCGAAGUUCUGUGCAAAAAUCGCUAUGUUGGACGUACCUUUAUACAGCCCUCCACACGUCUCAGGCAGCUGGGUGUGGCCAAGAAAUUUGGUGCCUUGUCGGAGAAUGUAUCGGGAAAACGUUUGGUAUUGAUAGAUGAUUCAAUUGUAAGAGGCAAUACAAUUGGUCCCAUUAUAAAGCUGUUGCGUGAUGCUGGCGCUUUGGAGGUACAUGUGCGUGUGGCCAGUCCCCCGUUGCAGCAUCCAUGCUAUAUGGGUAUUAAUAUACCAACCCAUCAGGAGUUGAUUGCCAACACUUUGAAUGCUGAACAAUUGGCGAGACAUGUGGGUGCCGACAGUUUGGCCUAUUUGUCGGUGGAGGGCUUAAAGAAGGCGGUGAAUUUGAAUCGUCAGGAGAUGAACAAAGGCGAGGGUGGUCAUUGUACAGCAUGUUUGACUGGGGAAUAUCCUGGUGGAUUGCCAGACGAAUUAAGUUGGUAGAUUAGGUAUUUUCAUUUUCUGAUAAAAUGUGGAUGGAGCAGGCGGAUUUUUUUCUUUAAAAACAGAAACACACCGAUGAAAAAGAAUGCAAAUACAAUUUAUUUUUGCUGAGUAAUCAAUAGAAGCCAUAUCUCAUUCUCGCUCUCUCUCUCUCUCAUGCUCACCCCUUUGCCAUUACUCUCCUUUGGGGGUUAUGUUAAUGAAUACAAAUAAAAAAAAUUAAUUAUAAUUUAAAUAAGAUGAUAAUAGAAAAUUAACAUUUAUAAAUAAAACUAUAUUUGAUUGCCAUGGAGAUAAGAAGUUUUUCACAACGGAGACGAUAAAAAUAGAUAGAUAAGCCAUUGGAGAGAAGGGGGAAUUAACAGUCAUUUAUAUUUCACAGUUGGAAUGGCACCAGGUCACGGGGGAAAUUUGAGCACAGUAUUUGAAUAUAAGCUUGGCAAAUUGCUGUGUAUUUAAUCUAUAUCAAGGAAGCAUAUUAAGUACCUACCUAUCAAAAGAAAAUACCUCAAACCAUUUUUGCAUUUAUUAAAUAACCAUGUCCAGACUCAAUGGACCCCCAAUGAGAAAUAUGUUAUUAAGACAUUUGUAUAAACAAAACAUUAAGAUAUUAUUAAAAAGUAAAAUAACAUUCAACUGAGAAAUAAAGUCAAAUGUUGGAAAUUUUCAUUUAAUUCUAAAUCAAAAUCUAUAUUGUGUUACCUGAUAAAAUUGUAACUUUUUUUAUUAAAAAUAAAAGAAAGAAAUUUA